AUGCUGCGCUCCGUACCGUUUCUGCUUCUCCUGCUAUCCGGCGUGGAAGCGCUUGUACCAACGCCUGUACGAACCGCUGUACCACAAGGCACGGUUCCUCAUGCCGCUGCAGAGACUCCGUCUCCAACGCCUAUGACACCAGCGAGAAUUGAACACCGAGAAUUUUCAAUCUCGAUCCCCCCGGUUUCAAUCCCUCCUGUCUCCAUCCCUAGCCUGUCGCUUGACCUGCCCGUCAACACUUGCACUCCAACCAUCGCCCCUGACAAGAAUGGCUGGGUGCCACCAUCGGAAUGCAACGCACUCUACCUCUACUAUCCGUCUUUCGGGGCUGCCAUUGCGUUUUCCGUCCUAUUUGGCGCGGUGAUGAUAGUACACUUUGUGCAGGCUACCAUCUAUAAAGCUGGCUUCGUCUGGGUUAUCUUGAUGGGAGCCACCUGGGAAUGCAUAGGUGCUCCCUUUCCUUCCUCUGUCCUGCUUAAACUUGCGACCCGUCUAACAGCAUUCAUAGGGGUUAAUGCUUUUGACUACAUGGUUCUUGCUCGCAUGAUCCAUUUCUACAUCCCCAGUCGAACCAUCGGCAUUUUCAAACCAGCAAUACUAGCGAAGAUCUUCAUUGUUCUAGAUUUCGUUGCCUUUAUCAUCCAGCUCGUUGGUGGCGGCAUGGCUGGGCCCGGACAAACACCCGAGGCCGCAAUGCGAGGAAUCCAUAUCUACAUGGGUGGCAUUGGGAUCCAGGAAUUUUUCAUCAUCCUGUUCCUCAUCCUCGCCAUUCAGUUCCACCGUCAAAUGCUCCACCUCGAGCAUACUGGAAGACUGCAAGAUUCCAAGCGAACCUGGAGGCCUCUCUUAUACUCGCUUUACAUCAGUCUCUUCUUUAUUACCAUGCGCAUCGUCUAUCGUUUGAUAGAAUUCUCGUCCGGACACACUGAUUCAAAUCCUAUUCCGCACCACGAGUGGUACAUGUACGUCUUCGAUGCCGUUCCAAUGCUCUUUGCCAUUGGAACAUGGAACGUUAUCCACCCGGGAAAAAUCAUACGGGGCCCCGAUGCCAAAAUGCCCUCCAGCGGUAUUAUAUUCUUUAAUUCAUUGUUUAAACUCAUUUAUGAUGAGACGCAAACUUUGCUUCUUUUUUUGUUGUCCCUUCUUUUCGAUGGUUAA